GCGCGUCUCGCCGUCGUCCGUCGCUGUUAUUGCUGUUGUGUGUUGUGUUGUUUACAGAGCGUCGCGAGCGGCGAGGAUAAGAUUCGUGAGAUUCACCGUGCGCAUCCGUUGGUAAAGUCUACUCUCGCGACGACGACGGGACACGCAAAUCGUGGACGCGUCCACGCUUCGUUGCUGUCACCCUGUCUCAUUUUCCCUCGUCUUGAUUUCUCCCCUCUUUCUCUGUGUGUCUGUGUGUGCGCGCGUGUCUCUCCGCCUUUCGUUCUCGCGCGAUUGAAAAUGACGGUCCGCACCGCACAUCCCCGCUGGCGGCGGUGUGUCGUUUCCGUCAACGUCUGUCGCGUCGAUGACGCGGAGUGAACUCGUCGCGUCUACCGCGAAGAGCGUCCGUACCACCUAAUAGUUGGAUUCAGGCCAAACCUCUGGAAAGCGAAAAAACAUGGAUGCGACGAUAGAGCGGGAGUGUAGCGCGUUGGGCGGUUUGUUUCAGCAGAUCGUCACUGACAUGAAGAACGGAGCACCACUUUGGGAAGAUUUGAUUUCAAAAGCUACAAAGCUACACGCAAGUUUGAGAGCUGCCAUUUUGGCUAUUUCCGCAUAUCUUGAGGCUUUUCAGAAAAUAGCAGAUGCUGCGACUAAUGCCAGAGGUGCAACUAAGGAAAUCGGAACAGCACUGACACGAAUAUGUUUGAGACAUAAAGCGGUGGAAACUCGUAUGAAAUCAUUUACUAGCGCUAUUAUGGACUGUUUGGUGCUGCCUUUACAAGAGAAAUUGGAAGAUUGGAAGAAGUCUUUGAUCAAUUUAGACAAAGAACAUGCCAAAGAAUUCAAAAAGGCAAGGGCAGAGCUAAAGAAACGCUCUACCGAUACUCUACGUCUGCAAAAGAAGAAAGCACGAAAGGUUCAAGUUCACUUACAUGUUCAAGGACAGUCUCAAAGCCACGGGACAUGUUCUGAUGUGGAGCUCAAUAGGAUGUUAGAAUCAUCAGCGGCGGUUGUUCAAGAGAAAAGACUGAGUUUAGAAGAAACGGAACGUAAAGCCGUCCGUGCGGCCCUUCUCGAAGAAAGGGGCAGAUUUUGUCUCCUUGCUCGAUUCCUGAAACCUGUACUCGAUGAGGAGAUAGCGAUGUUAAUGGAAUUGACGCAUCUGCAAGAAGUCUCGGAUCAAUUGCAAAGACACGCCGCGUCGCCGCAUCAUUUACCGCCUGCAUCCGAGCAGGUAAUAACGGACAUAAAAGGUUGCGACGUUACUCAGUGGUCAUUGGCUACACCGCCAUCGAGCCCGUCUUUGUCUCUCGGAUCGAGGAAGAGUUCUAUGUGUUCGAUCAGUUCUCUAACUAGUAGCAGUAGUGGAUCUUGUAAAAGUCAUCCGAGCCCAUCUGGACAUCCGUGGCAUAGAUCGCUUUCUCAGCCAUUUGGUGUCAGACCCGCCAGCAUCAGCGGCAUCACGAUGCUGCGCCAUUUGACCACUGGCAGUUCCCGCGACUCCGGUUUUACAUCACAGGAUACGUUGUACAACCAACCAAUUUCCGAACAUCAGGUAUCGAAUGUGUCUUCUCUAAGUAAUCAAAGUACCGGUUGUACUGUAACGCGACCCGUGACAACUUCUACUUGGCCUGAUUUGCAGGAAACGUCUGUUCAGUACGAUCGACAAAACCCGGGAACGGUGAAUGAACGGCCACAUACUAUUUCCUCCGCGUACGAAAAGGGACAUCAAAGACCGGCGCUCAGCGUUUACACAUUCCAAGCUCCGGAUCGUGACGGUAACAGUUGCUGUCACAGCCAGCCUGCCUCUCCGGUUUCCUCUUCCUCUUCAUGUUCUUCCUCGAAUCAGCAGUCCAGAGUGCAGCUUCGUAGAAAUAAUGGCGGCAAUCGUCCACCUAUACCGAAUAGAUGUUCUAGUUUGGAACGACCGACAAUUCCGGUGAAAAACGAGCCGCCUGGAAGUCCUCGAGGGAAGCCGAAAUUACCUCUUCCUGCUCAUUUGGCAAAAGAAUUGGCAAGCCAUCAGCUCCAACAACCAAUGUACGUAAACAUGCACGAGUUGGCGAAUCUAGCUGCUAGUCGUGCUCAGGAAAUGCAACUUCCACCGCCUCCUCCUCCAACAUCGUUAACAACAUCAGGAACUGACAAGAUUGAAGUCCCGGAGAAAGACGCCGGCAGUCAGACAUCUGAGUCCAGUUUGGAAUCCAGCAGUGGAUACGGAAGCCAAAAUACUUUGCCACACUCUCAUUCGCUUCAUAAUCAAAACGAGAACACGUGGAACGUACCUGGCGCCGCAGCUACGUUAGUGACACGUAGAGGAUCGACUCAGCAGACGAGCAGACCGCCGCCACCGACAAGACGCACAUCCACCGUUAUUACCUUACCUCCUACUUCAUCUGUUAAUGAAGAUCGGGGCGAGAAUGUUUGCGAUGAAACAGAGAAUCUUCCUCCUCCACCUGCGUUCCUUCUCGAAAGCUCUUCGCCCACGGUCAGCCCUACACCUCAGAGAUCCAUCUCGGUUUCCGAGACAGUGAGAACUCUGACCGAGCUUCGUCAUACACCAGCCAGUCCGUCGCUCUUACGAAAGACUACUGGACAACAGCAGGGACACAACAAUCCUUCGAGCAUCAUCCAACAUAACGCCGUGCUGCAGAUAACUCGUUCAUCAGUUGAACGUUCUUGCUCAGCUGCUCGUUCGUCGUCCCAAGAACGCGGAUCUGUCAGUGCACAAACCACCAACGUAGCCAGUGGUAGUACCAUUAGUCAAACUGGACAAGCUACAAGCCAAGGACAGGGACCGGGCGGCGUAGGUCAGGGUUUCAUGGCAGUGCUCAAUGCUAAACUUAUUGGUACUAUGAGCGGCAAUGCUACGGCGGGCGUAAACAUGAGCCCAAAGUCUCUUAGGAAACAACAGCUCUUGGAACAGCAGCAGCAGCAGCAACAGUCCAAGAAUGUCAAAACGGCAGCUCCUGGCUUUCUCGAGACGUUGAAUGCUAAAUUGGCGCAGCAGCAACAGGCUCUGCAGCAGGCGGGGAAUACGAGUAAAUCCGCAAGUAUCAGGCGCAUCAUGGGUAAUCGCGUGCCCAUCAUGGAUCCUUUGCAAAUGAGAGACUCCCUCAUGGAUCAGAUUAGACGUGGUACCCCGCUGAGGAAGACCAGCGGCCCGAUCAACGAUCGUUCGGCACCCAAAAUCUACUGAGUAGUACAGCAGCGACCUUCGCGUAAGUCCGUAACAAUGUGUUGCUUUACGAGCAACGUGCUAUUCUCAUUCUGGCAUAAUUGACGCGUAAGGUACGAUAAAAAUCAGUCGGAUAGAAAUCAGUAUCUUCUGAUUCUUCACCUAAUAUUUUCGUGCAUCAAUUUCGAAUUACAUGCAUAAAUGUACCGAGGCCGGCGUUACGUUUAUUGCGUCUCUGUAAUUUAGCUUGCCCGUUGAAAUUCCCCUGAUAACACGCAGGCUCCAUAUUAAAUCGAUAUAUGAUUUAUUGUAUAAUAAAACGAGGCAUAUAUUGAAGCAUCACGCGAUUAAAUAAGAAUCGACCGUGAAUAGCUUUGCGUAGAUUUAACGGUCUUAUAUAUAGCAAUUAUAUUUGUAGCGUAAUAUCUGAAAAAAAUGCAACAUGUAGGAAGAUUUUUAUAAUAAGUAUUAAUAUUUAUAAAGAAAACUGAUUUGAUUAGGGAAUUGUCUCGUAAGAUCCGUACCGAUACAACGACAAUACUCCAGUACAACUUGUGUCUUAUAGUUCUAUAUUUUUUCUGCUUAAAAACAUAGCUUAACACGAAUUUUUUAAUUGAUCUAUUAUCACUACUGCUUAGUCUGUAAACGAAUAUACGACAGAUUCUAACGAUUCCGCGAGAAAGUCAUACAUAAUUUAAUAUCGAGCUUGUGUAUUCGAAUUGUGAAAUUUGUAAAUGCAUAUCCAUAUCAGUUGUUAAAGAUCUUACAUAUAGUAUUUUACAAGUUUUUUCAUUUUUAUAUGA